AUGUAUAAGCAGCACCAAGUUGGUGGUGAUGAGGAUGCAAUAUUAAUUGAAGUUCCUAUAUCUUUUAUCGCACUGGAAGAAUCAAAGGAUGAUGUUUUAGUGGAUGAGAUGGUACCAAAAAAUAUGCAUUACCUGCAUACUUAUUCAUUUGAACAAAGAAGGCAGAAUUGGAUCAUCAAGCAUUCUUCUCGUCGAGAUGGUUCAACAAUUGAUUAUGUCUACCAUCAUUUGGAGACGAAGAAAAAGUUUCGGUCUUUGGUAGAGGUUUACCGAUUUGUUGUAUAUGGUCAAGUUCAUGAAAUAAAGAAGAAACAAAACGGAAAUGAAGAAAUAUUACAGGUGACACCAAGACAUAAACCACAUAUACGUGGUAACAAAUUGAUCAAACAUUAUGUAGUUGGAACAUGUACUGAACCUUGCAAAGGGGUUUACAUAAAAUAUCGGGGAGAAGUUAACUACUUAUCUAAACGUGACAUCCCUUCCAAUAUUGAGAAAAAAAGAAAAAUAGAAAACGAAGAUUUAUAUGGGUAUCAACAGGUGACCUUGGGAGAUGAUGCAACACGUGUGAACUUUGGAGAUGCUACAUUAAGUACUCUAUUACAAUCCCUUUUCUACCUUUGGGAUUUUGAGCUCAUACAUCAUCAAGAGAGGACAGCAGAGGUGUUCCCGAUUACAGAUACUGAGGAAUCGGUGGGGGAGGAGGAAUUUAUUGACUUAUUGAGUUUGAUCCAUAAAGCCUCGGAAAAGCGCCCUCGUGAGGAAGACAAGAAGAUGAAGAAAUCAAAGAAGUCAAAGCACAUGAAGAGAGACUAG